AUGUCCGCUGUCAACGAGUCUGUGACAGGGCAAUCAGCCAUUGGUCCAGACAAGAGCACCCGCAAAAUUGUGUCGCUGGUGUCCUCGUGUCUGGUGGCUAUGGCAAGUGGCACUCCGUACUUGUUUGGAAUGUACUCGCCUCAGGUGAUGGCCCAAUGUCGUUUCACAGCAGAGGACGCCAGUUUCCUCACAUUUGGCUCGACAGCCGGAUCCUCGAUAGGUGGCCUGGCAGCAGGACUGCUGAUUGACAAGUUUGGGCCAAAGUUCGCCAUCUUGCUGGGUGCAGCACUCGAAUCGUCCGCGUUCCUUAUCCUCUACCUCAAUUACAAAUACAGACUCCACCACCUCUGGAUGCUCAUAUUUGCCAUGGUUAACGUGGGUUUUGGGUCAGUGUUGCCGUUCUUUGCAACCCUCAAGGUGUCCACCUACAAUUUCCCCCAUCACAGAGGAGUGGCCAACGCUUGUCCCGUCUCCUCAUACGGAUUGGCAGCAUUGCUAUAUGCCUCUAUCUCGACCAUCUUCUUCGCAGAAGACACACAGGGGUUUUUGAGAUUUAUCAGUAUCUUCGCAGGAGUCGUCAUCGGCUCGGGAUACUUCUUCAUCGAUAUUUAUGAAACAGAGGAACCAGAACGCGAACAGGACGAAGAAGAGUCGCCUGGUUUGAAGUAUCUUCUGAAGGGACAUCGUGGUUCUUUUGCCCAGCUCACACUCGCAAGAAAGGACUCCAGCUCGUCGCUGUUCUCCACCACCUCAGAAAUCUCUUCACUUUCCGUUUCCUCAAUGUCGUCUGGGAAUUCCACCGUCGCAAACCAUCCGAUCGCCAUCAAUUACAGCUCCAAGACAAACUCUCCGUACUCCUCCCGCCCAAGCAGUUACUCUCCAUUGUCCUCGUCUCCGUCCGACUUCAAAACCAAACAGGCACUGGCUCGCGCAAACUCCUCGCGAAUCACCUCGUCGCUCAGCAAUUCUCCAAGAGCUUCCAGCUGGUUUGGUAGCGUACCGAAGAAAGCGAUCAAGGAAGAAGUAAUAGUGGAUGAAGAUUCACCAAUUGUGCCAGGAUCUACAACAUAUAGCUCCACUACACAGACUCCCCCACAAUCAGCCCAAUCCGAAACCAUCGACCCUGCUCCACAAGAAACGUUGACCGAAGUAUUCAAGAAGAAACGGACCAAACAGAAACGAACCACCAAAGAACAUUUAUACUGGCUUUUAAGCAACAAGACAUUCAUCUGCUACUUUUUCCUGUCUGCACUCUAUUGCGGAACGGGACAGGUCUACAUUUUUGGAGUUGGUUUUAUUGUGAAGGCCCAGCUGAACCCCCUUGUUGGGUUCUACAGCAGCAAGAUUUCUGCGUACCAAGCGUUGCAAGUUUCCAUUCUUUCUCUUUGCAACUUUUUGGGCCGUAUAGUAUCUGGUGUUGUUAGCGAUUUCCUUCACAAGAAGCUUAAGUUACAGAGACUGUGGGUGAUUACUGUCUUUGUGAUCGUCGGAAUCUGCGCAGCGUUAUCGUUGCUUGUAUUUGACACUCCUCAGACACUGUCGCUUUCCUCCGGACUGUACGGCUUAUGCUACGGGGCAAUCUACGGCGCCAUGCCUGCCAUUCUGGCCGAGAGCUUUGGCUCACGCCACUUCGCCACUACGUGGUCUGUCCACGGAACUGGAUCUGUCGUUGCGUUCCUUCUUCUAAGCAACUACUUUGGCCGUGCUUACGACUCCCAGAGCGAGUACAUUGAGGAUGGACAAGGUAAGAUCAUCCGGGCAUGUAUGCAUGGAAACCGCUGCUACUACAACGUGUUCACCGUGAACGUUGGCAUCGGACUCGUCUGUCUGGCUCUGUGUCUUCGGAUGAUUUAUGCUAAUCGAAAGUAA